AUGGCCUUGAACUCGAAUCAGACGUUUGGUGGGCUUUCGUUGGUAAAGAAGGACGGGUCAAAGUCACAAGUCUUUCCUCUUGUAGAACAAAGAUACAUUUUUGGAAGGGCCGACCAUUGUGAUAUUCGCAUCAAUCUUCUUACCGUAUCAAGGGAGCAUGCCGAAAUAUCUGUCGACAGUGAUUUGCAGGUAUGGCUCAAGGCCAUGAGCACGACUUCAGAGACUGUUGUCUCCGGAAAGACCAUCAAAUCCAAGGAGCAAGUUUCAGAGGUUGAAAUCAAGCCCAAGAGAGAUAAAACUCCACUGAAGGAGUGCAACCUUGUGAAGCCUCGGCCUCAGCGAUUCUAUGCGACGCCUACCAAGGAUUUCUCUAAGAUGUCAGACUCCUCUCAGGACAACAGAGUGCACUGUGCUAGAGGAGAAAAUUCAGCCAAGGUCAACCUUCCAGCUGAAUUCGUCGAAGACAAGGAAAAUACCGAUUCUAUUCAACAGUCGUUUAGCGAUGACAAUGUGUCGCUGAAUACUUCGGCAUCCAAAUCACCUCUAGCCAUUGACGCUGUAAGCUUCGAGGCGGAUCAACAGAGUAUGGCCUCACCGCUCGAAGUCACGUCGAGCCAGCAUUCCUUUCCUGUGCCGCAGGUUCUUGUAUUUGGAAACACACAGAAGUUGGAUACAGGGCUUCUACUAAACGCAAAGGACAAUGGAAAAACAAUUUCAGCCCCAAUCAUGACCCCAAAGAAGGGAGUCCUGAAAACUCCGGGGUCUGUUAGCAAACGAAGAAGUGUCUGUUUUAUAGACGGAAGAAACGAGACAGCCUACCUUGCGUCAGCUUCAGAUGACCUGGACUUUGUUCCUGGAAUCAUAAGAGUGUCAUCGAAGGUCCGGCCGGAAGAGGUUGCUAAUCGGAAACCUGCAACUAUGAUGGGAGAGGUGAACCGUAAGCGAUCAGCUGUUUCAACUGAGACCUCUCCAAAUCCAAGAGUGACGAAGAAAAGGAAGGUCGAGUCGACUGACCAUGAUCGAAUCAAGUUGAUCUCGAGCCCCAAUCGCGGAGUACAUUACAUCCAGAUGUGCAAUGAUGGCCCGGCAAUGCUCGAGAUCAAAGAUUUCUUUGAAACAGCGUCUGGAAAGAUGUAUUCUGAUCUGAUUGGCGUUGCGAUUCAGGGAUCAAAGGAAAACAGUGAAAUACAAUCCAGCAAGGAAAAUCUGCCUUCAGAACAAAGCAGAUGGAUGAUUGACUUUGCAAAAACCUUCAUUGGCAAACAAGCUCUGAAUGACGAACAGCGUGAUAGCAUUUGCGAUCACUUUGAUGAGGCGUCUAAAUUCCUUUUCAAGAAGAACAUCCAUCAGACCGAUGCCAAAGAAAAAGAUAUCCUUAAAAUUUGCUUCGAGAAUGCAAAGCCAUCAAUCCCUGCCAAAACAGCAAAAAACAAAAGGAAUCGUUCGACAACAUUGAAAAAAUGUAUUACAAAAAAAAGGAAACCCAUCCCUGCUGGGCCAUCCCAGCCAAACAAGGAAGAAAACUCGGAAGGCCAACGAAACUCCAACAAUACUCUCCGUACUAACACGACCUUUUCCGCAAACAAGCAUGUCAAAGAACAAGAGGACAAACCAAACUCAAACAAAACUUUCUUUGACAACAAUCAGCAUAGAAAAAACAAGGAGGACGAGGCGAGCUGGGCAGAGGAGCAGUACCGGUCCAUCGCGCCCCAGACGGCAGAGAAGGCCAGGAGGAGCCGCCGGUCGUCGGCGGGGGCGGGCGAGCAGGAGGCGUCCAAGGAGGAGGAGGCGAGCUGGGCAGAGGAGCAGAGCCAGUCCAUCGCGCCCCAGACGGCAGAGAAGGCCAGGAGGAGCCGCCGGUCGUCGGCGGGGGCGGGCGAGCAGGAGGCGUCCAAGGAGGAGGAGGCGAGCUGGGCAGAGGAGCAGUACCGGUCCAUCGCGCCCCAGACGGCAGAGAAGGCCAGGAGGAGCCGCCGGUCGUCGGCGGGGGCGGGCGAGCAGGAGGCGUCCAAGGAGGAGGAGGCGAGCUGGGCAGAGGAGCAGUACCGGUCCAUCGCGCCCCAGACGGCAGAGAAGGCCAGGAGGAGCCGCCGGUCGUCGGCGGGGGCGGGCGAGCAGGAGGCGUCCAAGGAGGAGGAGGCGAGCUGGGCAGAGGAGCCGUACCGGUCCAUCGCGCCCCAGACGGCAGAGAAGGCCAGGAGGAGCCGCCGGUCGUCGGCGGGGGCGGGCGAGCAGGAGGCGUCCAAGGAGGAGGAGGCGAGCUGGGCAGAGGAGCAGUACCGGUCCAUCGCGCCCCAGACGGCAGAGAAGGCCAGGAGGAGCCGCCGGUCGUCGGCGGGGGCGGGCGAGCAGGAGGCGUCCAAGGAGGAGGAGGCGAGCUGGGCAGAGGAGCAGAACCGGUCCAUCGCGCCCCAGACGGCAGAGAAGGCCAGGAGGAGCCGCCGGUCGUCGGCGGGGGCGGGCGAGCAGGAGGCGUCCAAGGAGGAGGAGGCGAGCUGGGCAGAGGAGCCGAACCGGUCCAUCGCGCCCCAGACGGCAGAGAAGGCCAGGAGGAGCCGCCGGUCGUCGGCGGGGGCGGGCGAGCAGGAGGCGUCCAAGGAGGAGGAGGCGAGCUGGGCAGAGGAGCAGUACCGGUCCAUCGCGCCCCAGACGGCAGAGAAGGCCAGGAGGAGCCGCCGGUCGUCGGCGGGGGCGGGCGAGCAGGAGGCGUCCAAGGAGGAGGAGGCGAGCUGGGCAGAGGAGCCGAACCAGUCCAUCGCGCCCCAGACGGCAGAGAAGGCCAGGAGGAGCCGCCGGUCUUCUGUCAAAUGUCCUGUGGUCGUUGAAGUCUCUUCAUCAAGCUCAUGUGAAGAUCAAGCUUUUGUUUGUGCAUCGAAGGGCACGAAGCGUGGUGCUCGCUUGUUAGUUCUUGAGUCUCAAUCUUCGGUUAUGAGCUCUCGGCAUCGUCGAUCAACUCGGCAAUCAGUUCUGCUUUCCUGCUCCUCUCCUCAUGUUUCUAUUGGACCUGCCUCAGAGUUUCUCAUCACACCUCGCAAGGAGUUUGACUGGAGAUCGGGCUUAGAAGACAAGCCGGCUGAAGCGAAGCGUGGAACCAGAUCAAAACGCAAAUUGAGUGCUGUUGAAGAUGCUCCUGUCGAAGAAGAGGUGAAGGAGGUGUCUGCCAAACCCAAGACAGGCGGGAGAAAGAAAAUGGCAACGGUUGAAACCCAAGAUAUCCAGGAGAACCCCAGCAAGAAGACCAAGAGAACCUCUGCUGUUGUCCCUCAAGGCGUGGAGGCAGUUCCCAGCUCAACGAAAGCCAGUCGGUCAAAGAAGGCCAAGGACGUGCCCUCGGAGGACAAGGAGCAAGCAGCUCAGCCAAAGGCAUCGAGGGCAUCCAGGGAGCCCCGUCAGAGCAAACGGGUCAAGGAGGAAUGUGCUGAGCCUAUCGAGGACAAGAAGGAACAGCCUCGUGAGGUGAGAAGCAAGAAGGCAGGGAGGGAAGCCAGCGACAAGGACAAGGUUGAGGCUCCUGCUGCCCGAGUUGGUCGUCGCAAGAAGGAUGUGGAAGCGAAGGAAGAGGAGGUUGCGGAGGAGAAGGAGGAGCCAAAGCGAACGUCCUCCCGCAGAACAUCCGCUAAGCAGAAAAAGAAUGACCAGAGCAGCUCGUCUGCCAGGGCCCAGGACGCUCCCAGCUCUGAGCCUCCUGCGACGAAGUCCAGACGGAAGACGGCUGCUGGGUCAGGAGGAGAACCUGAGGCGCCGGUCAGCAGGAGGACGAGGUCGCGGGCCAUCUAA